GCCUCCCGCUACGGGGGCGUGGCCUCGGCGCCGCUCUCCGCCAAUCAGCGAGCAGAGCGGGGAGGGGGCGUGGCCAGCCCGCCUUCCUGCUCCGGUGGCGGCCGAGGACGCGGCUGCCGGUCCGCGACCACCCCCGCGGGAGCCAGGGGACCCCCGGGAGCUGCCGGGGCUGAGGCAGAGCGCAGGGAACCCCGGGACCACCCAGGACCAGAGCAGAGGGACCCCCGGGACCAAACAGGAGUGAGGGGACCCCCGGGACCACCCAGGACCAGAGCAGAGGGGACCCCCGGGACCACCCAGGACCCCCUGAAGCAGCCAGGACUCAGCAAGAGAAGAGGGACCCCCAGGAACAGCCGGGGCUCAACCAGAGCAGAGGGACCCCCGGGACCACCCAGAGCUGAACAGGAGCAGAGGGACCCCCGGGACCGAGCAGGAGCGAGGGGACCCCCGGGAGCAGCGGGACCCCCGGGCACAGAGGGACCCCCGGAGCAGCCGGACCCCCGGGCACAGAGGGACCCGGGCACCGCCGGUGCUGCGGGCAGCAUGGCGCAGUGGCAGGAGGUGCAGAGCUUGGCCAACACUUACCUGGAGCAGGUGCACCAGCUGUACGCGGGCUCGGCGCUGCCCAUGGCCGUGCGCCAGUCCUUGGCCGCCUGGAUCGAGACCCAGAACUGGCGCCAGGCGGCGGAGCCGCUCUGCUCGCAGGCGCGGAUGCUCUUCCACUCCUUACUGGUGGUACUGGGAGAGCGCCUGGGCAGCCUGGGCUCGGACCGCGAGGAUUUCAUGCUGAAGCACAACCUGCGCAAGGCUCACCGCGACCUCCAGGCGGAGUUCGAGGAGGAGCCGGAGAGGUUCGCCAACCUGGUGGACAACCUGCUGCAGGAGGAGCGGCGGAUCCUGCGCCUUGGGCAGGCCGGGGGGCAGGGGGGUUCGGCCCCCGCGCCCAGCCCGGCCCCGGAGAGCGGCCGGGAGCAGCAGAUCCAGCGGCGCUUGGCCGAGUUCCACACGGCCCUGCAGGAAGCCGAACGAGCCUUCAGGCACCUGGAGGAUUUGCAGGACGCCUUUGACUUCUGCUACAAGGUGCACUACCAGCCAGGUGAGGAGAGGAACGGGGACCCCGAGUACAUCCAGGAGCUCCAGUCCCUCCAGGCCAAAUUGCAGAACCUGGACCGGCAGCGCCGGGAGGUGCUGGCUCAGAUGCAGCAGCUUUUGGGGCGCAGCGAGACCCUGCAGGAGCUGCUGCAGCAGGAGUUGGGGGGCUGGCGGGUGCGGCAGCAGCACCUGUGCCUGGGGGGCCCCGCCGACACCAACCUGCGCCCGCUGGAGACCUGGUUCACGGAGCUGGGCCAGGGGUUGUUCCAGCUGCGGCAGCUGCUGCGGGCGCUGGGGGACCUGCGACAAAAGGUGACGUACGCCAGGGACCCGCUGGUGGCAGAGACGCCCCUGCUGGAGCAGCGGCUGCAGGAGCAGCUCACGCACCUGCUGAGGAGCGCCUUCGUGGUGGAGCAGCAGCCCAGCACGCCCAACGCCGGCAAGCGGCCGCUGGUGCUGCGCACGGCCGGCAAGUUCUCGACGCGCGCGCGGCUGCUGGUGCGGCUGCACGACCGCAACCACGGCAUGGAGGCCCGGAUCCACAUCGACAGGUUCCGCCGCUUCAACAUCCUGACCUCGAGCAGCAAAACGCUGCUGGCCGGGGACAGCCCCCAGGAGGGGCUGCUCUGCGACUUCCAGUACCUCGUAGGGACCCCCGACCCCAAAUCCGCCCUCCCCAGACCCCAAAUACCCCCCCCC